GUGCAAAUAGCUAGCUGUUGGUUUAUGAGUGUCACCAAAAGAGCAAAAAAAAAAAAAAAAAUAAAAAUAAAAAUAAUAAUAAUAAUGAACUGGAUUUGUUCUAACGUAUGUUGUUUUGUGACCAUUGUUAGGCCUCAAUGACGCGAAUAACGACCACAGGCACCUAUAAAUAGGGUCGUUGGCGGCUGUUUAAGAUCAUCCAGUCUUUUGCAAAACAUCGACUCAACAUGAAGCUCCAUUGGCUUUUAUUGGCUGUUGUCCUGAUCUGUGCCUUGAGCUAUACCAGCUCCAGUACCACCACCAGCACGGAGACUACUACCACUACCACCACUGAAUCUGGCUCCACGACCACCACCACCGCAUCCGCCUCAUCAUCUUCCUCGGACACCACCGAGGCCAGCAGCAGCAGCAGCGAUACGGCAACCUCUUCAUCGUCCAGUUCCACUUCAACUUCUUCAGCCAAAAAGAAGGCCGCUGCCAAAAGGCGUGCUGCCAGAAGGAAGCGUGCCGCCAGAAGGAGGCGUGCCGCUGCCAGAAGGAAGCGUGCCGCUGCCAGAAGGCGCAACAGGGGUUAAACCAGAGGAUCCACAACAACAGGACUCAAUCAAGAAUCGAUUUUUUUUUUUCAACCUUCUCUCUUGAUCCUUCUAGAGGAAAAAAUAUAAUCCUGACUAUGGUAUAAAAUUGCAUACAAAAAAUAUUUACAAGUGUUUGAAAUUAUUUUAGGAGAAAGAAAAUAUUCUCUAUGAAAUGCAGCUUAACUUUUCAGAUCAGAUCAGAUCAGAUUUUCCCAAAUAAAAACCAAACUAAGACUUUUCCGCAAGACAAUACAAAAACAAUAAGCGAGACAGAAGCGAGCAGGGCAACUGGCAUUUAACGGCGCAUUUGGAGUGCACUGAAUCGGUUAGCUUGAUUACUUUUGCUUUUUUGUGGCGCCAAGGGUGAAAGGUUAAAGUUACGCCCAAAAAUAUACUCAUACCCCUCAUUCACAUGGCUACCUCAAUAAAAAAAAAAAGCAACAAGUUAAAAGACCACGCAAGCAAAAAAGCAAAACCCAUCAAGAUCCCCACCAUUCCAGGUUCAUUCCCAUUUGCAAUUCUCAUUCCCAUUCCCAUUUCGAAUUCAAAUAUGGGAGCGGGGGGGAGAGACCUCGACCUCGACCACCGAAACCCAUCAGAAAUUACAGCGCAUAAAAAUGGUUAUAACCAAAGAAUUAUGACUAUGACGAAUAUAGGAGAACUCUAUUAAAGUAAUCAAAUAUGAACCUACAAGUUCCUUGGAUUCCGCGGCUGAUCACUAGAUUAAAUCAAAAGAUUUUUUCCCCCAAUCUUGAGAAUUGGAAUUUAAACUUGAAUAUUUGGCAUAUCUUUCGAGUUUCUAUAAUUCGAAUAUAUCCUUGAAAAGAGAAAGGGUAUGUGAAUAUGGAAAACAAUAACAAGCAGCUAACGCAGUACAAUGGGCACAACUGUUGCUGUUCUUGUUCUCCUUUUUGACCUUUCUCCGUUUUCUUCUCACACUUCCACCUUUUUCUUUCUUCACUGCAAACUUAUAAGAUGUGUUUUGAGUGUGUGUGUGUGUAUGUGUGUGUGACAGAGACAGUUUGCGGUGGAUGAGCGUGAAAAUGGCAUUCGUCUUUAGACAAAGAAAGCGACAUUAGAAAGAGAUGGCAAUGGAGUGAAAGAAGAAGAAGACACAACAUAACAAAGAAGCAUAUUACUAUCAUAUGUGUGUUAAAGAGAGAAGGGACGAGGUAAGUUUGCGGGAAUACAGGGCGUAUGAAUUCGUUUUCUAGAUUCAUUUCGAUCGUUUUAGAUCUGCAAAUCUAAAGAGAAGGUUUUUUUUUAUAACCCAAAAUGAACCAAAAAUUUUGGUAUCUAAAAAAAAUAACAUUGCAUACUUUGUGGCAACUUAAAAAUGCUUUUUAUAGUUUUCAAAACUAUAAACAGACUUUAGAAACCCUUAACUUUCCCUCCAAUUAAAGCAUAAGGACGCCCAAGGACUUUGAUGUGUUUUCUUAGUUUAUACACAUCCUUCCUCAUUUUCCCCCCAGGGGACACCCUGUACUUGUGUAUAUUGAUAUGCUGCGCUUUGUGGCCAUUGAUGUUGAUAUGCUCGACGUGACUUAUAUUAUAUGUACAUACGCACCAUGCACACGAAUAAUACGAAUAAAUGUUUUUUGCCCAUAAACGAAACAACCCACCCACCCACAGAAAGGCAGGGCUUUAUGGUUGAAUGAAAGAGACGGCAAAUACAAUUACGGCUUGUUUGUUCUUGUCAAUUUUGGAUGUAUUUUCUUCUUUCUUUUUUUUUUUUUUAUACAUAUUUCUCAUGGUGGUUUUUUUGUAUGCGGUCUUUGUAUUGUUAUUGUAACAACGCCCACAAUUCUUGGGGAAAUUUCAGCUUACUGCUUAUUAUUUUGCAAAAUACUUGAGGCCAUCACAUUGAGAGCGCGAGCCCACGAGAAAUUUGAAAACACUAUACAUAAGCUUCUUGGAUAUGUUGGGUAAUUUUGCGAAUUUUUCGACUUUGUACUCUGUCAGUCUGUUUUUCUGGCCAUACAAUGGCUGCCAGCUGUGAGGCUUAAAUUUGAGAGUUUUGACACGAGUGACAAGUGUGCCUUAGUGGGGGUACGGGACAAUAUAAAAUAAAAAUUUGAAAAAGGCGGCGGCGGGGGGCUUAAAUCAACAAGUGUGUGGAUGGUAUAGAUAAUUCCCAAAGCCAACUGAAUACCUUCAACAGCUCUUUCUCUAUCAAAAUUUAGGUUGAUCAUAUAAGCAAAAAAAGUAAAUAAAUAAAUAAAAGAUUUCAGCUUAAAAAUUAUUGACAUAUGAUGGUAAAUAACUUAAAAAGCAUAAAGAAAUGCUUUUUAUAUAUAAUAUGAAGUAAAAUUUCUGUUCGAAAGACUAAUUUUAUAUUUAAGAAAUCCAUUCAGUACACCCUCUUAAAGGUAUUUACUUAUUUUUCUUGUAAUUUCCUAAACUACCACUAAAAUCAAGUCAAGCUCAAGGACAUUUGGAAUGGCUAACCGACUUAAGUCCAGUUAUGUCAAGUUUAGUUACACUUGAGGCUGAUUAAAGUCGGCCAAUAAAAAGGUCCUGCGAGAAACAAUUAGUUUAGCAUGACCCCCUCCCACCUUCUCCCUUCUACCCUCAUCUUUUGGGCAAAUUGCCUUUGCCUAAUUUGGUUUUUCUCUUCUUCUUUUCUUCUCUUGGCUAUGGCUCGCCUUCUGAAUUCGUAUGCAAAGGGCGCAUAAAUUUAAUCAGUUAGUAGAAUGUUGU